UCAAAACAAUUUUAUCUUCUCUCUCCAAUUUUCUAUUUUUCCAAAAUGAAUGGAGAUCAUGAGACAAAUAAUAAUGACCAAAAAACACCACUCCUUCCAAUUCAUAGGUCACAAAGUAUGAAUUCAUUUAUUCAAUCAAUUUUCACACUAAAGAAUUUAUUCACAAUUUUAGGACCUUUACUAUGUAUAUUUAUUUGCUUAUUUGUCAAAAUGGAAAAUGCUCCAUCAACAAGUGCAAAUAUGUUGGGAGUUCUUGUAUGGAUCUUUACGUGGUGGUUAUCGGAGGCGGUGCCGAUGCCGGUAACUUCCAUGACACCGUUGUUCCUCUUCCCGUUGUUCGGAAUUUCGUCGUCCGACGAGGUUGCUCAGUCGUACAUGGAUGAUGUUAUUGCACUUGUACUUGGAAGUUUUAUACUUGCACUUGCUGUUGAACAUUAUAAUAUCCAUAGAAGAUUGGCCUUGAACAUAACACUAUUAUUCUGUGGGGACCCACUAAAUCCACCACUCCUCCUCCUCGGGAUCUGCGCCACCACGUUCUUCGUUAGCAUGUGGCUGCACAAUUGUGCAGCCACAGUAAUGAUGAUGCCGGUUGCCACUGGAAUCUUGCAGCGACUGCCGUCUCGCACCAAUAGUGGCCAUCGGAAUCAAGAGAAUAAUAAUUUUGACGAUGACUUGGUCACUAAUUUUUGCAAAGCGGUUGUUUUAGGGGUGAUAUACUCCGCGUCGAUUGGUGGAAUGAGUACGUUGACCGGGACAGGUGUCAACUUGAUAUUGAUUGGAAUGUGGAAGAGUUAUUUUCCUCAAGAAAAGGCUAUAAGUUUUAGCACUUGGUCAUCUUUUGCUUUCCCUUUGGCUUUGGUGAUAUUUUUGGCAUUGUGGGCUAUUCUUUGCCUAUUUUAUUGUAGGAAGGGAUCAAGUAGAGCACUUUCUGCUUAUUUGGACAAAACUCAUUUGAAGAGGGAGCUUGAUUUGUUAGGUCCCAUGACUUUUGCUGAAAAGAUGAUCUUGACGGUAUUUUCGAUUUUAAUAAUGUUGUGGAUGACAAGAAGUAUUACUGAAGAUAUUCCUGGAUGGGGAUCCCUCUUUGGUGGACGUGCUGGUGAUGGAACUGUUAGUGUGAUGAUGGCAACCUUAUUAUUCAUAAUUCCAAACAAGAAGCAACCAGGGGAGAAAUUAAUGGAUUGGAACAAAUGCAAGAAAUUGCCAUGGAACAUAAUUCUUCUAUUAGGGGCAGGCUUUGCAAUAGCUGAUGGAUUUAGGUCAAGUGGUCUAGCUGAGGUACUCUCAAGAGCCCUAAAUUUCUUGGAAAACGCGCCUUACUUAGCCAUCGCGCCAGCUGUAUGUUUAAUAAGUGGGACCCUAACCGAGUUCAUCACGUCUAACAAUGCCACCACAACCAUUAUUGUCCCAUUGCUCAUUGAGAUCGCGAAGACUAUGCACAUUCAUCCCCUCUUACUCAUGAUCCCGGGGGCAAUUGGUUCACAAUUUGCUUUUUUGCUUCCCACCUCUACACCCUCAAAUGUUGUAGGGUUUACUACUGGACAUAUUGAGAUCAACGACAUGAUUAAAACUGGACUUCCAUUGAAAAUUGCUGGGAUUGUUGCUCUAUCCUUCUUGAUGCCUACCCUUGGACCUAUGGUGUUUGGAACAGAUAAACCUGUGAAUAAUGUAUCAACAAACUAUUUGCAUAUGUGUGGUUAGUUUAAUUCUGUUAAAGAUGGAAAUAUAGAGGGAUACACAAGGCCAGUUAUAUGCAUCGACAAUGUAAAAAUAUUUGUACAAUUAUCUUGAUGUUGUGCUAUUUUUGCAAUUGGUGGUCUUCUUUUCCUAUUU